GAAUUUCUUUUCCCUCAUUUACUUCUUUAGGGUUUAGACGAGUUGCAGAAGAGAGGCGGAUUGGUUGAGCAAAAUUAGCUGUUUAGGGUUUUUAGUUGAAGAAGAAGAAGAAAAAGAAAAAUGGGAAAGUGUCCACACAGAAAAGUAAAGAAGAGGAGGCUUUCUCAUAAAACAGCUCGCCGUACUAAGUUUGAAACCAAAGGUGAUGAUACUGUCUAUUCUGAGCUCCGGAAGCCAGAGGCUGAGAAACCUGUCUUACCUCUUGAUGAUGAUCUUCCCGGAAUGGGUCAAUUUUAUUGUUUACACUGCGAUCGGUAUUUCGCGAAUAUAUCUGUGAGAGAUGAUCAUUUCAAUACUAAAAAGCACAAGAAGCGUGUGAAGUUUAUGAAGGGACCUGCACCACAUACUCAACUCGAUGCAGACAUAGCUGCUGGGAUGGGGAUGCCCGACAACGGCCCAAAGCUAAUGGUAGCUUGAUUCCAACAACACUGCCAGUGUUCUGCCGUGUAUGCUGACUCCACUCUUUAAGUGAACCGUUAGUGAAGUACAGUAUAUUGUUUUUUCAUGUUAUUGCUUACUCCCAAUCUUGGGUCCACUAGCAUGUAGAAAAAGACUACCUAAAGAUAGUUAGCAAUGGUUCAAUUUUAAAAUGUUUGAAGGUGGUGCAGCUAUAUAUAACUGGCUUCUCGCAAGCCAAGUUAGAAAUUAUCAUUGAUGUAUCCUGUGCUUAAUUUUAAGCCAGAUUCCGCAUUCCAGAAAGCGAAAAAUAUCUAUUUUUUUCUUCGA